AUGAAUUUCACUUUUUUAUGUUUAGUCAUCGUUUUGUACUUUUGCGGCACCCACUCGCACUACAAUAAAGACGUUGUUUGCAUUAAAGAUCAGGGUCAAGAACCGCUUUGUAAAACCGUCGAGAGGCCAAACAGAAGACGUGGAAAUGACAUAAACAAUAAUAUACCAUCAUACGAUCCGUACAUACCAAGAUCAACAGCGAUCGUUUACAAGUGCUCUUCAUUAGAAUGUAAACCGAUUAUAAUUCGAUCUUUAACUCAGUUGACUCCUAACCAAGACUUGAAGGCUUGUUUUACUCAUAACGAAGAAUACGUUUGCGAAACCAUACGUUACGGUUAUUUGAAAAACGUGGACAAAAUAUUGUUCUUAUCGAGUAUCAUACGCAACAAAAUGUUUUACAAUGUCGAUUGUUUACAUUACUCAGACGGUAGGCGCGUGUGCCUUAUGAAGGACGGUGUUGAUUCAUAUUCAGAGUUAGUCGAUUUUGGGACUAUAGCAAGGCGAGAUGCGCCCAAUGUUUAUUCGGAGGACGAGUUUAUCUGCGAGGAAGAUCGUAAUAGAAUUAUUAACUGUGACCUUAAUCUGAACGUUCCGUAUCCUGGCGGUAUUCGUUUGAAGAAAUUCAAGUCUGUCGAUGAAAUAAUUAUGAAAACAGGUCCUUACGUUGUGUUACUGAAACCGAAAUGUAUGGGAGCGUGGUGCGGAUACAGCGGUCGGGUGUCAUUCACACGUAGAGCCUCUAAAAGAUACGAGCCCCCAGGCGGAAAAACAUACCGUUGUUAUUAUGCAAAAAAUCAGCAAAUUUGCAAAGAAUUAGACGAAAACGGACUUUUGAAUUGAUAAUUCUAAUAUGUUUAAUA